CCGUGCGCGUGCGCGCGGAAGGUCGGCGCCGGGCGGGGGCGGAGCAGCAGCCGUGGGCCCACGCCGUAAACAGACAACAUGGCGGCGGCGGCGGCACCGGGGGCUUUAGGUGCCCUGCAGGCUGGCCGCGCCCGCCUAGUGGCCGCGUGCUCUGCGCAGCUUGGCUCGGGGUUGAGGCUGCCCGGCUCGUUGGUAGGCCGACAGAUGGGCCCGGCCAUAUGGGCCCAGGGCUGGGCGCCCUCGGCCAGGGGUCCCACCCCGAGCAGGGGCUACAGCUCUGAGGUGAAGACGGAGGACGAGCUACGGGUGCGGCACCUGGAGGAUGAGAACCGAGGAAUUGUGGUUCUUGGAAUAAACAGAGCUUAUGGCAAAAAUUCACUCAGUAAAAAUCUUAUAAAGAUGCUGUCAAAAGCUGUGGAUGCUUUAAAAUCUGACAAGAAAGUGCGGACUGUAAUAAUCAGGAGUGAAGUCCCAGGGAUAUUCUGUGCUGGUGCUGACCUUAAGGAAAGAGCAAAAAUGAAUUCCAAUGAAGUUGGUCCUUUUGUCUCCAAAAUAAGAGCAGUGAUUAAUGACAUUGCUAAUCUUCCUGUGCCAACAAUCGCAGCAAUAGAUGGGCUUGCAUUAGGUGGUGGUCUUGAACUGGCUUUAGCAUGUGACAUACGAGUAGCAGCUUCCUCUGCAAAAAUGGGCCUGGUUGAAACAAAGUUGGCGAUUAUUCCUGGUGGAGGGGGCACGCAGCGAUUGCCACGUGCCAUUGGAAUGUCCCUUGCCAAGGAGCUCAUCUUCUCUGCACGAGUCCUCGAUGGCCAAGAAGCCAAAGCAGUGGGCUUGAUCAGCCACGUUCUGGAACAGAACCAGGAGGGGGAUGCUGCCUACAGAAAGGCUCUGGACCUGGCCAGAGAGUUUUUACCUCAGUGUGGUGUCUGGGCACUUCCUGGGAGCUUGUUAGACAUGCGGAAUCUCAGGUCCGUCCCAGACUCACCGACUCCACACCCGCAGUUUAACAGGGUCUGGGGAUUUGUGAGCCUCCAGGAGCUGGACAAGCACCUCGUCUUCAUCAGCUGGUGAUAAAAACAGAAUAGAUUCUCCCAGAGAAGAGCACACUGUUGUAAAAACAGAUUGAUGUUUAUUAAAAAAAAUAAUAAAUAAAGAUACUAGUAUGUGUCACCCUCAUGCAAAUUACUUUGGAAGACUUACAAUUGAGAUUAUAGUCUUGGAAAAUUUUGGCAUCUGAAAAAGAUUGAGCACGUCACUUAGGAAGAGAAUUAAGAUAGGUUAGAUUCUGAUCAUUGAAAGCCCUAGAUAGGAAAAAGUGGCAUUUUCCAUACAUUCAUUUAUUUCUCCAUUCACUUAUUAGAGUCCUUUGCUGAGCCUGCUCUUUAGAGCCUACCUUGUAUUUCAUUCAAAGACCAUUCAAUUUGAAAUAAGCCAUUGAAUUCACAUUCAUCAGGAAUUUAAAACACCAAGUAACUAAAUUCCAUCCCGGGGAUUGUGGUUUUCUGUAGGGUACCUUGGUAAGAGUUUGGCUUCCACAAGAUACAAGUCAUUUUCCUUCUCCCAGAGGAUAUCCAGUUCUUCCCUCUGACCCUCCCACAUCCUGAAGGACUUAUAUAGACUUUACACAGCAGCACCUCCCCAGCUGACCACCUCCCUGCACCAACCGCCUCCUUACAUUAAAAUAAUGUUCAUAGACAGGACAUGUACCACAUGUACACGUCAGUACAGCAGGCCUAGUUCCUGACGGUGACCACCUCCAUAUGCCGACCAGGUUGUUACAGUCCUUCGGGUGGUCAACUUACAGAGGUUCUACCGUAUUUGUGAUGUGGGAGCACUGCCUAGAGGACACAUUUUUAUUAAUCCACUGUCACUGUGUUUAGUUAGUGAUGGUGAGGGAGAAAAGCUGGAGAGCCCGUGUCUGAAAUGGAUGAUGUCUGGACCCCACCUUGACCUGAAGCAGCAGCCUUAGCUUUUUCAGUGAGCCCUAAUUCGUGUGGCAUUGAUCCAAAGGCUGCCUCCUUUUCUUUCCCCUACUUAACCUUCCAGGGAGGGUUGUUGGAGAGUAGGAAGCCAGAAUGUAAACGUGACUUGCCUGUCGCGCCUGGAGGAACCACUUUGCAGUGUAACAGAACGCUGUGGCAUCCCAGUCACUUGUCGAUGCCAUACAGCUGUUACCAUCAGUGUCUCACAGCUAUUGUUGGCUGUACCCACAGAUCCAGCAAUAGGAAUAUCUGAAUCUUACUGAGACUUACAAACGAAUUUGCAUA